AUGGCUUCCGAAUUCAUUGGAUACAACGUUCUUGUGACGCUCAGAACGCCGCCUAAUGCAACCGUCCAAGGAGUCGUGGCCAAUGUCAUAGGUCAACGUCUGAUGUUGCGAGAUGUCGCACUUUCGUGGAGCCCCCAGAAAUUUCCCACGUAUUUCAUUGAAGCUGCCGACAUUGCCGACCUCUCUCUUGGACCGAGCCCCAAUGCGCCCUCACACAAUCAGCAGGCAAGCAGAGAGAACCAUAGCAUAGCCCAUGCGCCCCCUACAGUACCGGUACAACAACCAUUUGUUGACCCGGCCAUCCUAAGCUUCAGCAAGCCAUCUUCUGAGCAACUUAGCCAGGACGCAAGAACAGGAGGGCCACAGCUUCAGCCCGCUCCGAUCGACCGAUUGAGCUCUCCAGCUUCUCAAAAUAUCCACCCCCCGCAUCAGGUCCAUCGUGAUCAGUCUGCUGUCCUUACAGAACCAUUCAGCAACUUGGAACUGAACGUAGAUGGCAGAGCAAAGGAGUCUCGCAAUACACCGCAGGAAAACGAGUUGCACGGGUCUGUUCCUGUAGGCAAGGACGAUUUUACGACUGCACCACGCCCUGCCGCCCAGGUCAACCCAAAGGGUGGUCGUCGCGUUGGUCAGAACAAGCCUCAGCGUGCAGGGUUAACGCCUGUUAAUGAGCACGAUGGUGCGGCGAAUACGAACCCGAAGACCCGAGGGUGGCGUCAGACUGCCUUUGUAGAGCCUGCCAGCCCACAAAAAUACAGAGAAAGAGAGCCUAACUCACGACGUCGGAAGAAGAAGAACCGCGGUUCUUAUGCGGAGGAUCUCAGUGGUUGGGCAACAGAAGAUGCUACCGACAUUCAAGAACUGGGUGACUUCGAUUUCCAAAGUAAUCUCUCCAAAUUCGACAAAAGAAGGGUCUUUGAAGAGAUUAGAAAUGACGACACCACGGCAGAUGAGGCACGGUUGGUCAGUUUUAACAGAAGGGUCCCCAAGCCGGGCACGAACGGUGGGAAGAAUCUGCAUUGGACUGAGAAUGUGCUCGAUAGUCCCCCGGGAAGUGAAACUGGAGACACUGACCAGGAGCCGAGUGACGCGAAACUGAGCAGCGGAAACUACUCAGGACGCGAGCUCUCAAGAGGGUCAGCACGAGCGCAGAGCCGGAAGGGAAGUGGCAUUCUGGGACAACCUCUGGUUCCUCCCCAGAUCAACACUGUUGGGCGUGGCCAACUCAGCGCUUCUCGUACUACCAGUCCUCGCCCUGGAAGUAAGGCUUCAGUCUCGGCAUCGCCAAUUAGCGGACCCGGUGUUCCUGGAGCUUCCUUGCGCCUUACUACCACGAAUAGAAGUUGUCCGACUGUGAGCCCGCUACAAGCCCUCGAAGUCGAGCAGAUUGCGGUCGCUGAACUUGGCCUGACUGAAGAUAUGAUCACGGAAAACGCUGGGAGAAGCAUUGCGGAAGCUGCCGUUGGCCUUUUGUCUAACGAUGCCGCUGCGCCUACCAUGCUUGUGUUGACCGGCAACCAUCGUACUGGCGCAAGGGCCGUAUCUGCUGCUCGUCACCUUCGUAAUAGAGGACACCGUGUAACUGUCUGCAUGCUUGGUAUCGAACACGAAAAUGAGUUACUCGAGAGCUGCCGCAAGCAGAUUGAUGUUUUCAAGAAGAUCGGUGGACGUGUGCACAGAUGGGAGGAUUUAUCAACACGGCUUUCGACCUCUGAGUUCAGUCCUGAUCUAGUCCUAGAUGCUCUAUUCGGUAUUCACAUAGCCUUUGAUGAUCUCCGCACCGACGAUCAAGCUGUGGCUUUUGAGAUGAUCGCUUGGGCCAACCGAAGCAACCUCGAAGUUCUGUCCGUUGACGUCCCUUCGGGCUUUUCGGCUUCGAGCGGCGAGGUGACUGUAAUGGAAGGAGGCCGGGUGUGCGUCAGUUCCAAAUCAGUAGUCUGCCUCGGAGCGCCCAAGACUGGAAUUAUAAAUGCACUGCUUGCCGGGGAGGGUCUUACUUGGAGUCUUUCCGUAGCAGACAUUGGGAUUCCUCAGAUUGUGUGGAGGAAGUAUGGGACACGUCGCCGGCACGGAAUUGACUUCGGCAAUCGCUGGGUUAUCACACAUUCUGAGUGGGCAUCAGGAGAUGCGUACUCUGCGAGUGCCGGAGCAGGAGGAGGAAGAGGAGGCGACAACGCACCCUUCAAACGUCUUCCUUUCAAUUUCUGCUCUCUCUCACUGCAGCCAUUCGCGCACCCGGUUUGCACGCCUUCAGGGACAAUUUUCGACCUCACCAAUAUUCUCCCUUGGAUCAAGAAACAUGGGAAGAAUCCGGUUGACGGUACGCCGCUGAAAAAUUCUGACCUCAUUAAGCUCAACAUCGCGAAGAACGAAUCGGGCGAUUACGUCGACCCAGUAACCUAUAAAGUCUUAACCGAUAACACGCAUAUUGUCGCUUUGCGUAAUACCGGAAAUGUCUUCGCUUGGGAUACUGUUGAGCGGUUGAAUAUCAAGGGAAAGCUGUGGCGCGACCUCGUUACAGAUGAGGAAUUCGGACGCAAGGACAUAAUUACACUACAGGAUCCACAGAAUAUCGAGUCGCGGAACCUCAGCUCCUUUAAUUAUUUGAAGGAUGGCGAAACUGUUCCUGGACAGAAAGAGGAAGAGUCCAAUGUCAAUGCCAGCGCAUUGGGAAGUUCGGCGAAGAUCCUAAAGGCGAAGGAGGCUGUGGCUAAAGCCCGUUCGGAGAGAGCGCAACGAGCUGGCUCUACUACUGUCGCCAAAAAGGCUGAUGGUAGUACAACUGCAAGUACUCAAUCCAAAACGGCCUCGUUCCAAUCUGGGAAACCUACACCAUACAAUGCAGCCAAACAUACUACUGGUCUGGCUGCGGCAUCCUUCACGAGUACCGGUCUAACUCCACAUACCUCUGCUGAGCUCGCACUCCUUUCUGACGAAGAAUACAUGUUAAAACGGGGGCGUGUAAAGCAAAAGGGUUAUGCUCGAAUCUCAACCACAUCCGGUGAUAUUAACCUGGAGCUACAGACGGAGUACGCGCCAAAGGCCGUGUGGAACUUUAUCAAAUUGGCUAAGAAAGGAUAUUAUAAAGAUGUCACUUUCCAUCGCAAUAUCAAGGGUUUUAUGAUCCAGGGCGGAGAUCCCUCGGGUACUGGUCGGGGUGGUGAAAGUAUCUGGGGCAAAUACUUCAAUGAUGAAUUUGAGGGACCUUUGAAACAUGAUUCCAGAGGGACUCUCAGCAUGGCCAAUAAAGGCAAGAACACGAAUAGCAGCCAAUUCUUCAUUGCGUACCGUGCUCUCCCGCACUUGAACAACAAGCAUACUAUUUUCGGUCAUGUAAUCGACGAUCCGACUCCUUCAUCUACCACCCUAAACAACCUGGAAACGCACCCGGUCAAUGCGUCAACUAAUAGACCUACUCCAGACAUUCGCAUCACAGAUGUCACAAUAUUCGUGGACCCGUUUGAGGAGUUUCUGAAUCAGAAAAAGGCGGAAGAGGCGUCAGGGAAGAAUAAAACAACCGAUCCAAUAGAAGAAGAUCGGGAAACUCAGCAGGAAGAUGACGACCAAGUUACUUGGACAGGAAAGAGAGUACGCGGCCCAGGCUCUACAGGAGCUGGUGGUGAUGCUGGGAGCGGAGUUGGGAAGUAUUUGAAGGCAGCGCUGGCUAAUCAGGCCGGUCAAGAAGAGGAUGAAAUCGUGGAGUUUGUAGACGAGGAGCUCGAGCCCGAGCCGAUGCGGAAGAAGUUCAAAAGCAGAGGAGGGUUUGGGGAUUUCAGUUCGUGGGAUUGA